AUGGCCACCACGCCGCAGCUCGCCCCCUGGCUCAUCAAGUCGCUCAACGAGGACACCAUAUUCGUCAAGCUUGCAAGAAAGGCAGAAUGCAGCGAGGAUGAGGACGACUUCGACGGGAUCCUGUCCCCGCUGCCGACCAAGGUUGAUCUGCAGGUGCCAAAUACCCCAGUGAAGAAAAGGAAGACCUUCACGCCGAUCCACUCGCCGGGAUCCAUCCAUCACUUAGCACACCCCCGCACCACGCACGGCAAAACAACAUCGAUGUCCCUCUCAGGGAAGUACGACCACGUCCUGAUCCACAGCAUCAUCGACCCGGCGUCGCUGCCCGCCUUCACCGACUUCCUCAUCGAGAUGAGCAACUACAUCGUCGCCCCGAAAAACGAGCACAGCGACGCGGUGCAGAGGGCGGCGUUCUACGGCUUCGGUGACAUCCAUUUCCGCGUCUCAGUCUUCCGCCUCCUGCAAGCAUGCUUCAUGGCCGAGUGGUACUGGUCCUCCGAGGUAGUGCCACACCGCUGGGAGAUGCUUGUCCACAUCCCCACAAGGCACAACAUCACGGCCGCCCAGCUCGAGCGCUUCUGCUCCUUCUGCCGCAACGGGAUCAGCUGCGACGUCAUCGAGCGCGGCAUCAACAACGGGCUCGUCGUCUUCCUCGACCGCAUCGACAAGGGCAAGAACCACGCGGGCUGGAUGCGGCACCGCCUGCGCAUCGCCUGCGACCGGCACAGGGAGCGGAUGCGGAUGCAAGAGGAGCGGGACAGGAUACGGAGCGAGACGGGCAUGGAAUUCACCACCAGCAACAUGCUCUACUUCUAUCACGAGUGGCAGAACACCCGCAUCGACAUGCAGGCCCUCCGCGAGACGAUCGAGGAGCUCAACAACAGGAACAUCCAGAUGACCCGCAGGGUGCACGAGAACGCCAGCUUCAUAAACACCCUCUGCACCUCGGUGAUGAACAUCGCGGAGUCCAUGCGGGCGGAGCUCAACGGCGAGGCGCUCGACGCCUUACAGGAGCACCUGACCCGCAUCCAGGACAUGAGCCGGCAGGCCAACAGCCUCUCCAAUAACCUGCGCACGAGCUCUGUCCUCUACCGGUCGAGGACGGGCAACACCCUCGACGACCUGCUCAUCGUCGUCGGGUCGGACGAGGAUGACGGAAUGGUCAUCCAAUAA